GCCUCAAUAAUGUUUAUUCACAACACAUCUCAGUGGCCAAGACAAAUUCGGUGCUCAACACUCUGAAGAAACUCCACCAUCGACAUGGUAACAGCUACAUACUGAUCGCACAAAAUGUUAAAUAUGCAUUUAUGAUAACCGAAAACAAUGAGUGACCUGGAAUUUGAGGGAGAUUCUUCGGACAGUUCUAUUGAAGACAUUGAGAUCAGGCCAGUGAGACCCCCCUCUCGGUCUAAUCCAGUGCCUGUCAGAAGGGAAAAAUUGACUCGGAGUCCUGUGCGGUCACUCAGUCCGAACUCUGUGCUGAAUGGUGGGGGAGACGUACUGAGUGCUAAAAUAUGUUUGGAGAGCUAUCCUUCAUCAAAUGCACAAGCUGUGGAGCCCUUUCCAUCUGUGCUACCCCUCAAUGUUGGAGGCGUGAAAUACGUGACUAGGCUGUCCACUCUGAAGAAAUACCCAGAUUCCAUGCUUGCGGCUUUGUUCAGUGGACGUUACCAAGUGGACAAAGAUGCUGAAGGAAAUUACUUUCUGGAUUCUAAUGGAAUUCUUUUUGGUUAUUUACUAGAAUUCCUGCGUAAUGGUCUUGUACCUCCUAAAGACCAUGCAAUACCUCUCUACAGGGAAGCUACUUACUAUGGUCUUCAUGAAUUGGCAGAAAAGCUUCACUACAUGCCUCCUGUUGUGUCCCUGUUUGUAAAAGAAGCCCAUAAGUCUCAGUUUCCCAACUAUGAGGAGACAAAGGAAGGUGUAAUCAAGGAAUGCAUGGAGAGUGCAAAGUACACAAAACUUGGCGAAGUAACAUUGUUUGUUUUCAAGAAAGAGUUCUUACCAAAGACACCUACUUUUAACCCAAAUCAUGGAUGUAUUAUAGAAACUGCAAAGGUUACAUGUGGGCCAUGGGAGGGACCAGAUGGAGUGGACGAGGAUAUAUUUGUGAGAUGUCUUAUUAACGAUUUGAUGGAUGAUGGUUUUAAUGUUAAGCCUAUUGAACCAAAAAGGAAAUGCAAAUAUUACCAUGGCCAAAGCUGCCAAAAAUUUGUAUACAAGAUUACCAUUUUAUUUUAAAUGCAAUCCAUAGUACUUUUAAUGGUCUAGAUUGUUAUGUCUUCAGCAAGCAAGCCUAUUUUGGGAACCCAAGAGCAAUCCAAAAUAAUGGCAUCGGUCACAAACAGGUAGCGGUUGCUUGCUUACUGAAAUUUGUUAAUUUUAUAAUUAGUAGGUAUGAUUAAACAUUUUGUCAAAAAUCCUAACGAACAGUACCAUGAGCAUGGGAAAUUGUGCAUUUCUUAAAAAUACCAAAAACUUUCAUAACAAAUAUGUACAAUUAUGCAGUUCUAAAUAGCUAUUUAAAUAUGUUUUAAAUACAUUACCUGAUACAUGCAAUUGAAUAGUUAUUUUAGUACAUAUGUCAAAUAAUUAUUGUAAGAUUUUAUAUAAAUUCCUGUAAGGACUGAUUGCUUCGUUAUUAUUUGUAUAUUUUGUAUUGUGCAAGUGAUUUGUAGACAGUGAACUGGUAUUGUUAUUAAACCAUGUUUUCGAGCAGGGUGGUACAACAUUUGAAAUGUGUUUUUUUUAAUUUUGAAUAGAAGUUAUUUUGUUUAUACAGGGGAAAACGCCAUUGAUUAAGGCUACUAUUCCAUCUGUCCGCAUCGGUAUCCGCAAAAUCAUAAUACGGACACUAUAUUCCAUUUAUCCGCAUUCGUCCAAUGUAUCUUUCUUUUUUGGAAAAACUUCUGAACUGAAAACAUGUACAUGUAUGCAGAAGAAGAGUUUUCCCAAUUUUUUGUUGCUCACGCGAAGAAGUGUUAACGUAAAAGAAAGCACAGGUGGUGGGCACGUUCAAUAGUAAGAAAUCGCCAAACAUUUGGAACUUACAACCAUUUAGUUUAAGAACUUGAACUUGCUGAUGAGGAGUUUAAAGGUUACUUUAGACUAAACAAACAACAAUUUGGAUAUGUUCUCUCUCUAGUUGAAGAGUUUAUUUCAAAGAAAUCGGUUACAAGACAGACCAUUGAAGCCAAACAACGUCUAGCUAUUUGCUUGCGAUAACUAUAAAUAUUUUGUUUUAGUCAAUAAUUUGAAUUUUAUAUAUGUUUAUUCAACUUAAUUGUACUUAAAUAUUGGCAACGUAAACUUAAUCAACAAUCAUAAGCAUAAAACAAUAUCAAAUGAUGCAUAUAAUGUAUUUAGAAAUAAAAUGUUCUCGAAAAGACCUGUGUUUCACUGUACUUGAGACAUUAAAAGAACAAGGAAAAUAUGUCACUUUAAUUUGUCACAAAAUUGUGGACACUCGCUUGUUUUACUGUAAGGUUUCCAUAGCAGCGCUCAAAAUGUUAAGUCCUGUUUGUUGUCCGCCUGUCUGAUUGUCCUGUGCCUUUGCCACAGGGUAGGCCACAUAACUAGCUGUGGACAUAUGCUGGAAACCAUGCUCUUGGUUAACAGAUGACAAUAACGAUUGUUGUAAUCUAUGCUCAGGCACGGGCUGGCUGUAAUCGUUUAGACAAAAUAGCGUUCGACUCCGCGUUAAACAAGUCCAUAGAAAUCUGUAACUGGAGCCAUGAUUGCCUUUCUUUGGACAACUGUUUGGCACAAAGUGCACACUUUUCAUUAUAUGGAUAAAACUGAAAAUUGUAAUUGAGAUAAUUGUUAUGAAGGACAAGCGUGAAUUUAAGUAGAUAUAAGGUACAAAACAUCAUUCUGUCUGUAAAAGAAUACAAAUGGUAAAUACGUGAAACAUCUUCUAGCGCCUUUGCUAUACUUUUCCAAACAUUUGAGGUAAAUCUGAGUCACGAUAUGAAGAACUGUGUUGAUUGUAUAGUUCCGGGUAAUUUUUCACCAAUUCAAUAAGUUUUUCGUUUUUUAGAUGACAGCUUUCCCCUCAUCGUGCUAAAUGCAGUCCGUAUCUUGUCCGCAUCCGCAUUAGAAUGCUCACUUGGAUACGGAUGAAUGGAAUAAGCGCAGUGCAUUUCAACUGGUUCUAUUUUUUUGUGGAUACGGACAGAUGGAAUAGCAGCCUUAAGCUUGCUAACACUUGUGGACACCUGCACAAUGGGCAAUUGCCAAUAUUUAAAGGGGCCUUUUCACGUUUUGGUAAAUAGACAAAUUUGAAAAAAAAUUGUUUCAGAUUCACAAAUAUUCGUUGUAGUUAUGAUAUUUGUGAGGAAACAGUAAUACAGAACAUUUACCAUUCUCUAAAACAGCCAUUAUAUGCAUCUUUUGAUGAUUUUAAAACCUGAAAAUUAUAAAGCGUUGCAAAGCAAAAUGAUUGAAUAAUUGGAGAGUUCUGUUGUUAUAAUAUAUUUUGUGAAACUACGAGGAUUGCCUAUAUUCCGGUACAGUAUAAAAUACAUCCGUCAUUGUAUCAGGAAAAUUUUUCGAGUGGUCUAAGUGGUAGACUUUUUACUCCAGGACUCCAGGGGUCAGUGGUUCCAGCCCUACUGAGGGUUACUUUUUUAAAAAUGUAUUCUUAAUUUUUUACUGGAGCUUUUUAGAUCCAAUUUUACAUUUACCAAUAUAAAGCUUUUAAUGACAAACUUCAAAACAUGCCAAAAUCUGUGAAAAGGCCCCUUUAAUUGCCUCUGAAAAUCUAAAAAGCCAAACGAAGGUAUUUGUGAAGGUAAAAAAAAUUGCUGGACCAUAUUAUUAAAGUUAUUGCAUACAUGCGUCUUAUAUUAUUAUUGACUUGAAGUUAACUUCAUUAACCAGAUGUUCUAUUUUCUUAUGAACAAAUUUUGAAAUUCGGUUUUUGUGCUAUGUAUACAUGUACAUGUAGUUUUAACACAUUUUAUUGGAUGAUGGAAUCGGUACAAAUUAUGUACACGAGUUACUAAAUUAAUUGAAAAACAUGUAUAUAUGUAUGUGUAAACUAUUUGCUAUUUCAGCGAUUAAAAAUUAUUAAAUUGUUUUUCAUUUCUAUUGUUGACUGGGCAUUUUACUUUUCUUGUUUUAUUUAUGUUGAUAUAUUAUGCAUAAUAUUCUGAUGUUUAAUUAUCUGUGAUAUUCUGUUAAACAAUCUUAUUAUAACACACUUUGUGUUGAUUAAGUUACUAAAUAAUCAUGAUAAAAGUAGUUCCAAACUCAGUUGCCUAAAAGUUUCUGAUUUGUAACUAUCAAAAUGAUUGGAAAAUAAUAAUUGUUUAUUGGUAAAGAAUCAUCUUCAGGGUUUUCUAAGGAGUGUUUAUUAAAAUCAUACCGGUUACAUUGGAACCCAUUAGAACUUUAAAUUAUGGUUUAUAGCUCAAUAAACAACAAAUAUUUAUUUUCUUUAUUUCACUUUGCAUAUAUAACAUUGUAGGAAUUAUGUGAUCAUUAUUAGAAAUCUUAACUAAUGAAUAAGAUAUCUAUUUUUAUAUAUUUGUAGGACAGUUUGGCAUCUCCUGUAAAAUACUUUGGUUAACAGGGAAAAGGCUGGCUUGCAUCUUGUAGUCUGUUGGUGUUAUCCCAAUUUGUAACUUAUAACUUAUAAAAGAUAAAAUAUGCUCAAUGUGAAUAGACAUUUAAAAAAUAUUUUUAUUUUACAUGUUUAUGGUACAGUUUUGUUAUACUGCACCAUAUUAAACAUAAUAUCAGUAUUAAUACCUUUUGUUUACAAAAUGCAUUGACGAGAAGUGAAAACUAAAAUAAUACAAAUUGAUAUGCAUUUAACAGAGUCUGCUUUUGCCUUAUUAUAAAUUACUUACAUGUGUAAUGUUUUGACAUUGAUUUCUAUUACUUUAAAUAUACUUUUGUUGUCUAUAUUUUUACUUUGUAGGUAAAAAUAUUCUACAAUCAGUAGACAUUUUAUUCCCAAGGAAUGUCUAGGCAUGUUUACAGUGAACAUUACUCAUCGCAAACUUGGCAAUAAUGUAUAUAAGGAUAAGCGGAUGACUUAUUUUUGGCACACCCGAGUACACGGUGCUUUUGGUGAGCUGAUGUGCAUAAGUCCAUUAUUUCUUCUGCGUCGACAACAUGGUUGCCUGGCUAACCCUCAAGAGGCCACAUUUAUUGUCCGAUCUUAAUGAAACUUGGUCAGAAGAAUUUUUUUUGCUCAAUUAUAAUGUGUACCUCCUUUUGUUAGGACUCUACCAUGCAUCAAUUGAUUUGGCAAAUCCAUUUACAAAAUUUAUUGUACGGGGAAUACAUUUAACAUUCAACUAAUUUGCUUAAAAAAUUUGGAGCUUAAAUAUGUUGGCAUAUUCUUAAGAUUGAAAUGGAACAAAUAAUUUUUAAUUUUGCAUUAUAAAUGUUGCAAAGGCUGGAUAGAUCAUGUCCACAACUCUGACUGGGUUUUGAGAGUGGACUUCCAGAAAAUUAAAUACAAUAUCAAAUAUCCAGCUUAAUGUUAUUAAUUUUACUGCUGUUCCUGUAUUGUGUACAUUUGUAUUGUAAAAUGCAAUUGAUUGUUCUCCUGUGGCAUAAUUAUUAUCAUCUGUACAUUGACAAUCCACUGAUUUGCAAAAAGUACAAUUAAGUAUUUGAUCAAUUCAUUAAAAAUGUGUAUAGUAUAUCAUGGAAAAUUUAAAAUUCUGUUAUAUUGUGCAGGGACCUUUACAAACAAAUGUUUUAUAGGUCCCUGUAUUGUGGUAUAAACUUGAAAUUUCCCAUUCUGGUUUCAAUAGAUGAAAACAAAACAGA